CGCUUAGAGACAGGGGCCCGGUCAACAUCGCGGGAAGGACGCAAAGCUAUGAAAUACAUAGCAACUCGUGAAAAGACAGUGAGCAGUUACCAACUUAAAUGUAAUCAUGUCGCACCGACUGACAAAAGAGGAGCUGGACGAGCAGUUCGAGCAGUUUUUGAAAGAGUCUGUCUCUGAUGACUCCAUCGAUUUGGGCAGCAGCUCGAAGCGCUCCAGUGUGUUAGACACAUUAGGACAGGCCACCCAUAAACCAGCCGAAAAGAGCAAGCCCUCACGACCCUGGUGGCAGGAGGAUGAGGACAGUGAAGACACCAGCGGGAGAGCCCCUGUUAAGCCCACCCCCAAACCACGCAGUAAGGUUCUGGACAAGCUGAGUCAACUGGAGAAGCUCCACAGUGUCAAACGUUCCUCCCAUGAAGCACCGGGGCAGGUGACUCACAAACAGGAGGACAUGACCAAACUGGCCUCCCAUGAUACACUGGGCCAAAAAAAUCCUGAACAGGAAGAGUCCCAUGAUGCACUGGGGCAAAGCAGUCCUGAACAGGAAGAUUCCCAUGAUGCACUGGGGAAAAGCAGUCCUGAACAACUCCAUGAUGCUGUGGGGGAGAGUAGUGAUAGCUGUUCUGAGGGCAGCGGGGAUGGGUUGCUGGCAUCUGGAAAGACAUUCCGGAAGUCUCUGAGAAAAUCCCAGCCCAUCCAGGAGGAGGAUGAGGAGCAGCCGAAAGCCACGGACCGCGGUGAGGAGGAGGAGGGAGAGCAAGGGGCAGAGCAGGUCCUCAUGAGCAGGGACAGCCUGGAACCUGAAGAGUCUGUGAUGGCGUCUGGCCCAGCACCCGGUGCUGCUGUGAUGGGUCUGGACACCCUGAACGAGGAGGAGGAGAAGGCCCGGUUUUUCGAGCACCUGGAGAAGGGAGCAUCGUCCACCAUCGAUUACUCCAGACUCAACAGAGAGCUGGACUCCACCGAGUCCCUGAUGAAAGCAGAGGAUGCUGGGAGUGAAGAGGAGAAGGGGAGGGACAGAGUGCAGGAGUCGAGAGGUUCUCCAGCUUCUCUAAAUUACAGUGAGGAUUUUGAGGAGGAAGGAAGCUUCAGGGAGGCCCAGGAUAAGAGGUCUGAUGGAUCUGCCAUGCUAGCCAAAGUGUCCCUCCAUGAUUCUCUGGACUCAAUGGGCGCAGCUCAGGAGGCCGAGGCCAAUGAACAGGCACAGAGGGAGGAGUGGGCGGGGCCCGGCGAGGCUGAGACGACAGGGCCAGCUCAGUCUUAUGGUCAGAGUGGUGCGAGUGAGAUGGAGGCCUUGCAGGAGGCCUAUCGCAAAAUCAGCCACUCGGUGGGGGACGUGGUGGACCACGAGCAGAGUGUUUCACUGGCCGACAACGAGAGGGACACAAGUCCGUUCACUCCAAGCCUGGAGCACUCGAAAGGGACAUUUAAAAAUACCAUGACAACAGGAUCAGACCUGCCCACAGCAGAAGAACUGAUGCGGCCCAUAGGACCAGACUCAGGGUUCGGGCGAGGUUUCGCGCUGCAGCCUGUCAGCGAGGCAGAGCCCCAGCCAGAGACAAAGAAGCCCUUUCCUGAUCCAGCCUCACCUGAGGAGGUGACCGGUGACAACCAGUCGGUGGCCGCAGCACCCAGAGAGAGCAUGGAGGACACGGAUAAGGAGUACAGGAGAAUCAGGGAGCAGGUGGAACACCUGAUGCAGUAUGAGGAGGACUCGCCUCCGAAGCAUUCCCCUCCUCAAAGUAAAGGAAAGAAACAACAGGUCUCUGAGUGGUCUCCGGUCUCCUGGGGCCAGGACGCUCCUCCUCCCACCUCCUGGAGGAAGAGUAGUCUCCCGCCAGCGAGGAGUAAAAGAGUCACGAACAGGCCGCCUCCUACGGUGACGAGGACUUCUGCGUCCAGCAGGACCGGUCCAGUGGCCAGGUCUUCUCCCAUCGCUCAGAGGAAGCCUGUCUCCCAGGGGCUGAAGAGCGGCCCUAAACCCAGGUCACUGACACAUGCAGCAAAAGGUGCUGGUUCCCAAACCGAUGCUGGGCUAAAGGUCAGCAAUGAGCUCAUCGCCUCGGUGCAGUCCUUCGCUGACUACCUGCAGCAGCAGAUUGAGAGGACGAGUGGCCAGGAGGAGCGUUCCCGAGAAAACGGCGAGAUACAGCAUCAUACAGGCAGGGGGAGUGACAUUAGGGAGGACUCCUCUCAGGACAUCCCAGGCAAGGUGUCUGUGGUAAAACCCCCUGGCAGCGUUCAGCGGGAGGAGCAGACGGAGCGCUGGAGCUCAGAGCACCCCCUAGUGGACCGGCUGAAACUGCAGCUGGAUCAGAAGGAGGCGGAGCUGAAGGCCCGUGAGGAGGAGCUUCUCCUGGCUCAUGGCAAGGAGGUCAUCGCCCUCAAACAGGAGAACUACAUCCUGCAGAGUAAGCUUCGCAGCCUGGAAGAGGCCAACAGGAAGCGGAGGUGGAGUUUUGGCGAGGCCUCGGACCCCGUCACAGAAGAGAAGCUCAAGCUCAUCGAGAAGGAGGUGAAGGAGCAGGAGACCCUGAUUCAAGGCUACCAUCAGGAGAAUGAGAAGCUCUACCAGCAAGUGAAGGCCCUACAGGCACAGAGCAAGCAGAACGAGGAGGCCAUGUUCAUGGAGAACCAGAGGCUGCUGGCUGAGCUGGCUGCCACCAAAGAACAAAUCAGCAGGAUCAACAGUGUGCGGAGGAUUGUGGGAAAUGACAGUGAGCCAGGUCCAAGCUGCAGUGCAGCAGACCUGCUGGCACAAGUUCAGGCUCUGCAGAAAACCGAGGCCAGGCUGAUGGAGGAGACGCGGAGACUGAGGCAGGAGAAGCAGGCCCUCGAGGUAGACCUGGAGAUGAUGAAGAAGGAGAGAGAUCAGGCCAAAUCACAGGUCAUCUACACCUCAGGUGACAAGAGCUUUGAGAUUAAAUUGCUGGAAGAGAAGCACAGAGAGGAGGUGUCGGCCCUGAAGAAGAGGCUGCAGUGGUACGCGGAGAACCAGGAGCUGCUGGACAAAGACGCGGCCAGACUGCGGCUGGCCACCGAAGAGACCCAGAAACUCAAGCAGCAGGUGGAGAGGCUGAAGAUGGAGGUGGGGAAGAGAGAGGGGCAGCAGCAGCAGAAGGCGAUGAAAGAGAGAGCGAGCGAUGCCAAGAGGAUCCAGGACCUGGAGAGGCAGGUGAAGGAGAUGGAGAAGAUUCUGAGGCGCCGGCACCCGAACUCGCUCCCCGCCCUGAUCUUCGCCGCGGCGUCGGCGGGCGGGGCGGGGGCCGAGAGCUCCCAGUCCGCGGCCCUGCUGGAGCGGCGAAUCCGCAGGCUGGAGGCGGAGCUGGAGGGCAAGGACGAGGAGGCCAAGCGCAGCCUGCGGGUCAUGGAGCAGCAGUACCACCGGAUCAAGAUGCAGUACGAGGAGCGGAUCUCAGAGCUGGAGCAGCAGCUGGCCCAGGCGGCUGAGUGCGAUCAGGCCGGCUCGCCCCAGGACUGGGAGUCCCGGCUCCAGGCCCUGCAGGAGGAGCUGCAGCUGCAGAGGGAGAGUCAUCAGGAGAGGGAGAGCUCCCUGCAGGCCCAGCUGCAGGCCCUGCAGGAGCGGCUGCAGCAGGCCCGGUCCCCCGCGCCGGGCAGGGAGAGGCCCCAGAGGAGCCCCACCCGGCAGGAGCGGCAGGCGGAGGCGGCGCAGGUCUCCCGCAUCGAGCGGCUCAACCAGGAGCUGGCUGCCAAGAGCCGGAGCGUCCAGGAGCUGACCCGCACGGUGGAGCGGCUGCAGAGGGAGAGGCGCACCAUGCUGUCGGCCCCGCCCCCCGGGGAGAGGCGGCCGGCAGGCCAGGGGAGGGGGGCCCCCGCGGGCCCCGCGGAGAAGAAGGGCGGAAGGGCCGAGGCCUUCCCCCCGACGCUGGACGAGAAGGACUACCAGCCCAGCGCCUUCUCCGGCUCCCACAUCUCGGAGGUGCUGCAGGACAGCGAGCGGCUCCGGGCUCGGCUGGAGCAGCUGGAACUGGAGGCGGAGCAGGAGAGGGUCUCGCUGCGGACUGCAGCCGCGCAUGCGGAGGGAGAGCUCCGCAGGACUCAGGAGCGUGCCGAGGAGCAGCUGUCAGCACUCAGGGCCCAGCACCAGAGGGAGGUGGAGGCCCUGCUGGCUCGCCAUGCCCUCGAACACUCCUCCUCUAAACUGGCUGAGCUGACCAAUCAGGUCUCCACGCAGGAGAUCAUGAUCAGACACUUGCGUGAUCAGCUGAAGGAUCUACAGGGCUGCAAGGAGGCACUGACAUUGUCGCAAGUCAGAGAAGAAACCCUACAGAACCAGAUGGCAAAGCUGCUUGAGGAUUUGAAGGAGGCGAAGGAGGCCCACACCCCAGAGCUCAGACACUUCAGUGCGCUGGAGAGGAAGAUCAGCAGCAUGGAGCUGCGAUACACACAGCGAGAGAAGGAGCUGCAGCAGGUGAUCGCGCAGACCCGGCUGAUGGUGGAGGAGGAGCAGCGGAAGGAGGUAGAACGCUGGAAGAAGCUGGCGCAGGUGAAAGGCCAGGAGCUGGAGGUGUUCCGAGUGGAGCUGGACUCCAUCCUGGACAUCCUCAGGGAGCUGCAGAGACAGGGCGUGGUCAUCCCCGCCCCAGAAGGCUCUGGGGCACCGCCCCUGACCGCGUUCACCUGGAGGACUUGA